CUCAUUCUGUGCAUCAAAAUACUAGUAGCAGCGCGAGAGAAAAGAAAGAGACCAUGAAGAUCACUGCUGCCGUUGUUGUUGCUACCAGCACCUUGAUGCUGAAGCCAUUGGCCGUGUAUGGCGAUGACUGUGAGGAUGGAUGCUUGUAUGCCCGCCCAACUUGCGUGGAAGCCUAUGAUGUGAUUGUGCCGGAGGGUAAUAUGGGUGAUCGCAGUAUGUUUGGCGCCUCGGAAGAGAUUUUCUUACCGCUCCAGGCUGAAGACUGGGCAAACGUGCCUCCUUCCUGUCUUCCUCCUGAUGCAGCACCUGCCUAUGGUGCUUGGUACGGCCUCUUCAUUGAAGGGGAUCCAGGAGUCAACCUCGACGUUGUGGCCACUGGGCUUAUCUAUGGCGGCGAUCCUUCUCUCUUGGAGACAUUGGAAUGGACGGUGUCUGUCAUGGAAGUUCCCAAUACAGUCAUAGAUCAAGAAGAGACUUGCGCCGCUCUUACUUGUUUGGCAUACAAUACAAGCUUUGCUGAUGUAUAUUCUGACUCGGUGACAUUGGUCAAUUUCAACAUCAGCCAAGAAAGUCUCUAUUACAUUUUUGUUUCCUCUGCCGUGAAUGUCACUGAAGUCCUUGGUGAAACGCUGGAGUUGGAUAUUAGCCCGAGCACGCAAAUUUCGGAAUGUGAAUACAUUCGAACGUCAGAAAUGAACGGGGAGACUCAAGCUACUUGCACGCCUUGCGAAACGUCAGUUAUCGAAGGGCCCGCCGAGACGACCGAGGUCAUCAACAUGACCUGCUCUGACACUUGCGAGAUUUGCUACAAUACCAGCAUCACAGAUCCAUUCUGUUACAAAGAAUCCAGGUCCUACUCGUAUUCUGCCAGUGAUUCCGGAGACACAAGCCGGGACACUGAAACCUGCCGCACUUUCCCCGACGGCAAUACCGUGUGUGAUGCGCGCGACUGUCCUGUUUCCAUCAACGGAAUGGCAUGCGGCUCCUGUGAAAAUGACUACGAUAAAAACUGCUCCAGGACCCAUAAUAUUGAUAACAUUGUGGCGUCAUGUCCCGACGUUGACCCUGGUUUGGCGGUCAUCGACUUUUGCCAAGGCAUUGGCUUUGACGAGGGAGGUGUCCUUGGUGGCUACUACACGUACCUAGAUGCUCUCAAGAAUCAGUGGACUGAAGGCGGUCCUGGUCUACCUGUCGUCGGUCAGUGCUCUGCAGGAGCUGCUGCAGGAGCCGCUGGAGAUCUGCCAAUCUUGCAGCCUGAGGUUCCGGCAAUCUUUGACCUUGGUGCUCUCGAAGAAGUCAAGUUUUUAUUGAACGCUUCAGAAGCACCGAGUAUGGUGCAAUGUGCCAUGUCAGCGGACACCACAGAGGACGUUGACCUUUAUGUCAGUGUCACGGAUGAAAGUGGGGUCGACGGUUAUACGUGUUACUCAACGCUAGGCCAAUCGGAAGAGUUUUGCCAAAUCAAUAUCCCUACUGCAGGUGCGACUGUGCAAGUUGACGUGAUAAGCCUAAGCUCUGCCAAUGUCACCGAGCUUGCCGUUAGUUGUCAGCUUGCGGCGGUAACAAACAUCUACACAGAGGUGCCUCCCUUUGCGGCGUCCUUUUCUUUGGAAAAUGGCUACGUGAAUUGGUACGUCGUUGACGUGGACAGCGUUAGCGAAGGUGGUCUGAAAUGCACCCUUUCUGGGGAUGGUACUUUGGGAGGAGACGGCGACCUGCGCAUCCAAAACGCUAUUCUCGGUCAGCAACUCUGUGUUAGUGUUGGAGAUGACAGUGCUGAAGAAUGCACUGUCCCCAUCACCGCCGACACGUCCGAACUCUGGGUCGCCGUGAACUCCAGGAACUUGGGCUCCGCUGUCGAGAUGCUCACGCUUGACUGUGAAUUGGUGGAGAGUGUCGAAGAGGCUGUGAGUCGUACCAAGGAUGGGCUCUUCGAUUGAACGAUUCGCCUUAGUAGGUCAUUCCGAAUUUCUGUUUUGCAUCUCACUAGCUAGAGCCAAUCAAAGCUUGUUGGCCUUCAAGGGGUGCUCGCUCGAACCUUUUUUGACCACAUGUUUGCAUCUUCUAUAGUCAGGAUAAGUACCGGGGGAUUAAGGACUUCUAGUAGCUACAAAACUAGUACAUCGUACCUGAUAUCUCU